GGGUCAGCGGGGACAGGGGGACAGCAUGGUGGUGCGGCCGCUGCUGCGCGCCGUCAUCAUGGGGCCGCCGGGCUCCGGGAAAGGCACCAUCUCCGCUCGGAUUAUCAAGCACUUCGGCGUGAAGCACGUCUCCAGCGGCGACCUGCUGAGGGACAACAUGCAGAAGAAGACAGAAGUGGGAAUCCUUGCCAAGUCCUACAUUGACCAAGGGCAGCUUAUUCCAGAUCACAUCAUGACACAACUAAUGCUGAAUGAGAUCAAAGGUUUAGACCAGUACAACUGGCUAUUGGAUGGUUUCCCCAGAACAGUUGCUCAGGCAGAAGCGCUCGAUAAAGAAUGUCACAUAGACACUGUGAUUGACCUAGACGUGCCAUUUGAGACCAUAAAGUGUCGGCUUACAGCACGCUGGAUCCACCCUGCCAGUGGCAGAGUUUACAAUCUUGAAUUCAGUCCUCCCAAAGUGCAGGGCAUUGAUGACAUUACUGGCGAGCCCCUUGUUCAGCGUGAUGAUGACAAGCCAGAGACUGUCAGCAAGAGGCUCCAGGCUUACGAGGCACAAACAAAACCCGUCCUAGAAUAUUAUCGGAAAAAAGGGUUAUUGAAAUCAUUUUCUGGAACAGAAACCAAUAAGAUCUGGCCACAUAUCUAUGCUUUCCUUCAAACCAAGUUGCCAGAUGUGAGCCAGAAAGAUGCUACCAACCCCAGGUGAAAAUGGGUCAAACUUCUGCUUAUCUGUCAUAGCUCACUCCCAGUUACAUGAGAUUCUGCAAUCAAGGAUUUGUCCAAGUAGUCUACCAGACUCAUCAAUAAUUUAAGUCCAGUGCUGUCCUUAACUUACACUAAAUUUUGUUGCCUGUGGUUACCACUUCAAUGCUGUAUUUUUUUAUAUUAAAUAUACCUAAUUUCAAAAAUACAGUAACUGUCCUUAACAAAAGUCAGUACUCUUGUGUCUCUUAUUUGGCAAACACAUUUGCAAUAUUGAUUGAUGAAGGAAACACAUUUCAGAAUACAUCUUAAUUAGAAAGCACAUUGACUGAUUUACUCAAUCAGUAAAUAAAGCAAUGACAAGAACAUGCAAGCACAUUCCUUGAACAUGUGCCUAGCUGGAGCUAGCCAGAAGCUGUGAAGAACAAUGAUGACUGGUCUACAAAGAGUUAUUUCAAACCAGAGCUCCUGUGUAUGGAAACUGAUCUUAUGGAAAGGUUAGCUUCGUGUUUGCUUACAUAGAUGUGACUUGAUUUUGCUCACCAUAAAUUACACUUGUACCAGGGCAAAUUAUCUAAGCAAGUAUUAUGUUUCUAUUUCUGCCCUCAGAGCAACUAUUUUGCAGAAAAUGGGAGUUUCAAUGAUGUGUAACACAUUUGGUAAAGCCUCUAAUUUUGUGUGACCCUGCAAGACUUCAUCAGUAAAAAGAUACUGAACAGAUUGUGUAAUCUGGUAAACCUGUAGCUAGCUAGCUGUAUGAUCUUGACCAGUGAAUGCCUUUUGUACUAUCUUUGAAAACAUGUGCUCACUGAUGCCAGUGACAUGAUUUCCAGUGGUCAAAAUAUUAACUUUGGCAUAUUACUG